AUGGAUGGAGCAAACCAAACCACAGUGACAGAGUUCAUUUUCCUGGGAUUCCCCGGCUCUCCCUCCCUGCGGCUCACUCUCUUUGUGGCCUUCCUCUCCGUGUACCUGCUCUCCCUCAUGGGAAACUCCCUCAUCAUCUUCCUUGUGCUCAUGGACUCCACUCUCCAGACACCCAUGUACAUCUUCUUAGGGAAUCUGUCCUUCCUGGAGGUCUGGUACACCACGGCCACCGUGCCUAAGUUGCUGGCCACCUGCCUCUCCAAAGUUGUCACCAUCUCUGUUCCUGGAUGCAUUGCCCAGCUCUACUUCUUCUUCUCCAUGGGAGCCACAGAGUGCUUCCUGCUUGCGGCGAUGGCCUAUGAUCGGUACGUGGCCAUAUGCAGCCCUCUUCGCUAUUCACUUCUCAUGAAUGCUCAGAUCUGCCUGAGGUUUACAUCUGGGUCUUGGGUUGGGGGUUUCUGUGCUACUCUCCCCACUACCAUACUCAUCUCUCACCUUAACUUCUGCGGUCCCCAGAAGAUCAACCAUUUCUUCUGUGACUCAGACCCUGUUUUCAAGCUCUCCUGCACAGACACCUUCUUUGUGGAAGCCCUGAGUUACACAUUUAGCUCUGCUGUGAUCCUAAGCUCUUUCCUCCUCACCAUCUCCUCUUAUGGCAAUAUUGUGGCCACAGUCAUCAGGCUGUCCUCCCGAGAGGCUCGGAAGAAGACCUUCUCCACCUGUGCCUCGCACCUCACUGUGGUCACCAUCUACUAUGGCACCAUUAUCUUUGCCUACGUCCGUCCUCCAGCCAAGUACAACUUCACCAUUGGUAAAGUGGUCUCUGUGUUCUACUGUGUGGUCACGCCACUGGUGAACCCUCUCAUAUACGCCCUGAGGAACAGGGAGGUGAAGAAAGCAUUCAGGAAAUGUUUUGUACCAAAGACAUUUUUGUUGACUAGAAUGGUUGAAAAGCUUAGAGUUUUCAGUGAAAUUGAAUAA